AUGGAAAAACUGCUCUUGUCCCUGCUGUUCAUCGGCUUGGCAGUGAAGGCGCAGAUCUGUCCAAAGCGCUGCGUGUGCCAGAUCCUCUCUCCCAACCUCGCCACCCUUUGUGCAAAGAAGGGGCUGCUCUUCGUGCCCCCCAAUAUUGACCGGAGGACAGUCGAGCUGCGACUGGCGGACAACUUUGUCACGAGCAUCAAGCGGAAAGAUUUUGCCAACAUGACGAGCCUGGUGGAUCUGACGCUUUCUAGGAAUACAAUUAGCUUCAUCACGCCUCACGCGUUCGCGGACCUGCGCAACCUGCGGGCGCUGCACCUGAACAGCAACCGCUUGACUAGGAUCACCCAUGACAUGCUCAGCGGGCUGUCCAACCUGCACCACUUGAUCCUGAACAACAACCAGCUGACCCUGAUCUCCUCCACGGCCUUCGACGACGUGCUGGCCCUGGAGGAGCUGGACCUGUCCUACAACAACCUGGAGACCAUCCCCUGGGACGCGGUGGAGAAGAUGGUCAGCCUGCACACCCUCAGCCUCGACCACAACAUGAUCGACCACAUCCCCAAGGGCACCUUCUCCCACCUGCACAAGAUGACCCGGCUGGACGUCACGUCCAACAAGCUGCACAAGCUGCCGCCGGACCCGCUCUUCCAGCGCGCGCAGGUCCUGGCCACCUCAGGGAUCAUCAGCCCCUCCACCUUCGCGCUGAGCUUCGGGGGGAACCCGCUGCACUGCAACUGCGAGCUGCUCUGGCUGCGGCGCCUCUCGCGGGAGGACGACCUGGAGACCUGCGCCUCGCCCCCGCUCCUGUCGGGCCGCUACUUCUGGUCGGUGCCCGAGGAGGAGUUCCUGUGCGAGCCGCCGCUCAUCACGCGGCACACGCACGAGCUGCGGGUGCUGGAGGGGCAGCGGGCCGUCCUGCGCUGCAAGGCCCGGGGCGACCCGGAGCCCGCCAUCCACUGGAUCUCCCCGGAAGGCAAGCUGAUCUCCAACGCGUCCCGGUCCCUGGUCUACGACAACGGCACCCUCGACAUCCACAUCACCACCAUGAAGGACACGGGCUCCUUCACCUGCAUCGCUUCCAACCCGGCUGGGGAGGCCACCCAGUCCGUGGACCUCCACAUCAUCAAGCUGCCCCACAUCGUGAACAGCACGAACCACAUCCAGGAGCCGGACCCGGGCUCCUCCGACAUCUCCACCUCCACCAAGUCCGGCUCAAACGCGAGCAGCAGCAAUGGGGACACCAAGGCAAGCCACGACAAGAAGGUGGUGGUGGCGGAAGCCACGUCGUCCACUGCUCUGCUGAAAUUUAAUUUCCAAAGGAAUAUACCUGGGAUCCGUAUGUUCCAAAUUCAGUACAACGGGACGUACGAUGACUCGCUCGUUUACAGGAUGAUCCCCCCCACGAGCAAAACCUUCCUGGUCAACAACCUGGCCGCCGGGACGCUGUACGACCUGUGUGUGCUGGCCAUCUACGACGACGGCAUCACCUCGCUGACGGCGACCCGCGUGCUGGGCUGCAUCCAGUUCACCACGGAGCAGGACUACGUGCGCUGCCACUUCAUGCAGUCCCAGUUCCUGGGCGGCACCAUGAUCAUCAUCAUCGGCGGCAUCAUCGUGGCCUCGGUGCUGGUCUUCAUCAUCAUCCUCAUGAUCCGCUACAAGGUGUGCAACGACGGCGGGCACCCGAAGGCGGCCAAGGUCAGCAACACGUACUCCCAGACCAACGGGGCGCAGGCCCAGGGCUGCAGCGGCGCCGCCGUGUCCCGGUCCGGCUCCAAGCAGGCCGUGGGCCGCGAGGAGGGCCCGCCGGGCCACCGAGGCGGCAGUGGUGGCGGCGACGGCAUGGCGCAGCCGGCGGACACCUGCCCCGGCCAGGACCCCCCCACCGCCUCAGCCUCGCCUCUCUCCCGGACUCAGGGCCCCUCGGCUUCCCAGAAGGCCAAGCGGAAGGCCGUGCCAAAGUCCGGCGGCGACCUGCCCCUGCCGGGCGAGGGGGCCGCCGUGAGCCUGGAGUGCCAGAACACGAACCGCAACAACUCCACCGCGCUGCAGGCGGCCGGCCGGGCCUCGGACUGCGCCAGGGGGGCCCCCGCCCCCAGACGAGCACAAGCCAAGCCAAGUAAGUUCCUCACGCUGCCGGCCGACCGCUCGCGGGCCAAGCGCCGGUUCUCCCUGAACGGGGAGCCGCUGGAGCACCGGCGCUGCGUGAGCGCCCCGCACCCCGGGGGCUUCUGGUCCAAGCGGAGCCUGUCCAUGAACGGGAUGCUUGCGCAGGCAGGCUGCCCCCCCGCGGGGGGCGGCGAGGCGACUUUCUCCAGCUCGGAGUGGAUAUUGGAAAGCACGGUGUGA